CUUCUACUGGGCCAGUAGGACCAUGUCGAAUGAACUCGCUGUGAUUUGGAAACCAAAAAUAAUACUUUCAAACAGCACCUCUAACCACAGUGCUUUUGCAAUAAGGCCAACAAGUGCUCCCAAAAACCCACAUCAGGAAUGGCGGACCUCCCUGGAACCAUACCACCCUCAGAGGGCACCACAGGCGCUGGGGAGACAGCAGAGUUGGAGUGCCCGGUCUGCUACCAGGAAUACAACCAGGGACCCAAGUGUCCUCGCAUGCUGGAGUGCUUGCAUGUCUUCUGCACGGAGUGCCUGCAGAAAAUCCAGCUGUCUUCCCCCAACCCGCCUGACCCCACCGCCACCCCGGCCAUCUCCUGCCCCCUCUGCCGCCACCCCACCCCUCUGGAGACGGGGGGGCCCCUGUCCCUGCCCUGCCAGCACCGCAUCAUGGCACAGCUGCCACACGUGACCUUCCGCAUGCCCCUGGCGGCUCGGCUGGCCACUGUCACGCAGCGGGUCGUCCUCUCCCUGGAGUCCCGGGAAGCUCGGUUCAUCAUCCUUCCCACCGUCAGCCUGCGGGUGGAGCAGAUGGGCACCGAGAGUGACGCCAACAGCCGCUCGCUCUUGUCCAGCGACGCCGGGGAGCUACGCCAGAGGCGCCAAGCUUUGAUUUGCGUGCAGCUGAUCUCCGUGGUCUUUUGGCUCAUGUUCAUCAUGACCUGUGUCGUAGGAGUGGUGUUCGGGCCCAACUUCUUCCACAAUUAACCAAACCUGAUUUCCUUUUGUCCUGGUGUCCGUUGUAACAAACAUGUGGUCACUGUCUGGUCCAACAUGUUUGCUUUGGUGUUUUAUAAUCUAGAGAAUCAAUCAAGUGGGAAAUAAGGGUGACAAGGUUUUAACUUUGACUUCUGCAUUUGGACAUCGGAAGUUUGAAAGCAAACCGGGGUUGGUGAUACGCAGAGUUUAAACAAGAGUGAACAAUUUGUAAUCGAUUUUAAGAACAAACAGCUACCUUUUCUUGAAAUCAGAGCUAUUCCCGAUUUCUAUGGUUUAAGUCAAGUUGAGACCCCCCUCAUAAAUGAGAUGGUAGCCCGUCACAGGUCGUAUGCUCCAUGUGUGAAACGUAAGCUUGGUUGAUUGGGGUAAUCUGGAUACAACAGCAAAGACUGGGCUGGAGCAGAUCUCCAGCCAAAUCCUCAGUGCUAUUCCCUUUUGAAUGCUUGCAGGGAAUGAUAUGCAGAGGCCUACAUUUGCAGCCAAUUUGUAAUUUUAACCUUGAAUUCAAAAGAUAACAGAAUGAUUUCAAUUAAAGGUUCUGAUCAUAUUAUUUCUAUUUUCUGCUCCAAUCCCGGGUUCAUAAGUGCUCAGCGAUUUACUCAGACUGGUUCGUGCACUGAUCUUUCCCAAGUCUAUAGCACAACCUAGAUUAAAUAGACACAAUUGUCUGUUCUCCUGGCUGAGACUUCGGACAACCCUAUUUUAAAAUGAACAAAUGUGGGAUAGGACUGAAACUGUGGAUGACAUCUCGAAUCCUUGCAGACUUGAUGGUUCAUAUUUCUCUUUAUUCUCAGGCCUCUCAUGUUACUUUCCUCUUGGUCCUCUCUGGCGCCCCCAUGUGGCACCUUCCAUUGCCUCCUCAAGAAACCGUUGCUGGAUUGCAUGGUUCACCAUUGGAACGUUGCUUUUGUUUCAGAUAUGCUAGAUGUGCUAGCCUGAGAUUCUCCAAUCCCAUUCUUGGAAAGUCCCAGUCUGAUAAGUUCAUAUCUCCCCUCUCCUUAUAGUCAUUUGGAAAACGUACAUCAUCUAUCAGCUAAGAAAGUAAUCUGUUCGAUGAAAAGAAGCUAGAUCCUGGAGAGAAGAGGAGGAAUCAGAUCUUUCUCCAAACAAUUUCUAACACUUUUAACUUAAGAAAUUGCCUUUGUCAUUGAUCACACCUGAAUUGAUCUUCAGGAAUUGAUGUAUUUUAAUAAUUGAUAAUUUUAUUCAUUAUUUGUAAAAACUACUGGACUGGGACUCUCCAGGACCAAAUUAGGAAACAUUUGCUUUGGACCGUGGAUCAGAGAAUAAUAUUUUGAUAAUUCCUCUAUCUUGUUUUGACUACUUUGCUAUAUGAUAUUAUUGUGUUAAUGUACUUGCUUGUAAUUGUUCUAUUCAUUACUUUUAAUAUGUUACAGU